UGUAGCGGCAGCGCGCAAACGCCGUAAGCCCGUCGUCGCACAACGGCGCCCGCUUGCGUUGUUUUGCUAAAAGGAGAGCCCUACGUCGGCAGUUCUGAAUUAUUUUUCGCUGUCCCCGAGCACCGCCCCAACAGUGUCUCUGGCGCUGAAUAUAGUGCACCGUUCUACAAACCAGAGUGGGGAGUUGCUACUGGAAGCGGCGUCGUUUUGCGUGGAGGGUGAAAUCACCCUCGUUCGAUCUUAUAUUCUGUCGACGCACCCCACUCGCCAGUUCCAAACAGCCCCGUCAUUCGGCGACUAUACAGUGUAGUGCUUUUAGUGUUAUUACGCUUCUUUCAACAGGAAAUUAAAGAACUUUCAAUUGUGGGGUGAUCUUCGUGCGAUCAGUGAUCUGCUUUCGACUACUGCUUCGUUUGAUGUGACCCGUCAGUCGUCACUGCUGCAAUCAUGGGGUCCGAUGCCGAGCCCGCCCCGCAAGAGGUCCCGCGUGCAGACGCCCUCGCCCGUUCCUCAGGUGGUGACCAGUACGCCAUCAUCUAGCUCUGCCAGGGAAAGGAAACGGGUGAUCGCGAGUCUGACGCGAGGUGGUGUCCAGCCAGUGCGCAGCAAGCCGGCUGGCGGCAGUCAGGACACCGCGAAGAAGCAGAAGCAGCAGCAGCAGCCGCCGCCUCGGCGGCACCAGCUGGUCCCGGCGUCUCCCGCCGUCCCAGUGCGGAACCUACGCCCGAGGGAUCUGCCGCCUAAUACAAGGAAGAAGCCGCCAGUUCCUACCGCCGUCGCCUCCAGGAACAACCUCCGCGGCCGCACGCCCACGCCCAGACACGCGGCGUCUUCGGCCGGGGGCGGCGCGGGCGGCGGCGCCGGGCCCAAGGGCGGCGCAGCGGCCGAGCCCUCGGGGCCCAGCAUGGUGGACGUCGAGGGUGGCUCUCUGGCCCUGCAGCAGCAGCAGCAACAACAACAACAGCAGCAACAGCUACAACAACAGCAGCAACAGCUGGCCGCGCAGUACCAACAGGUGGUCAGCGAGAAGGCGCGCUUGGAGGCGCGCCUCGCGGUUCUGCUCGACGCCGAGCACGAGGUCCAUACUCUCAGGGAGAGGCUCCAGGAACAGCAUUCCACAAUGGAGCAGUUGAGAGCAGAAAACGUGUCCUUGCAAGCAAAGCUCCUGAGUGUUGCACACUCACCUCUCUCAGACUCUGAGAAGCAACAGCUACUCCUUGGAGCUCGACAGCAUAGUUCUGCACCUGCAUCUAUGGUUGCCAGUGACCUACAACUACCAGUGGAGGAUACAGCAGAUACAACAAUACCUGAAACAUCCAUUCCAUCAUGGGACAGGCAGUCAGCUUCCAGUGCCAGCCAACUGUCUGUUGCAUGUUUACAGGAUCGUAUCCAGCAAAUGGAAGAGACUCACUAUAGCACCAAUGAAGAGCUGCAGGCAACUCUUCAGGAGCUUUCUGACUUGCAAUCUCAGCUUCAGGAGCUGCAGGCUGAGAAUGAACGUCUGGUUGAAGAUAAGCACAUUCUUGUGGAAUAUCUGUGCCAGCAGUCAGAAAAGUUGGAAGACAGCCGGAGUCAAGCUGAAGCUUUGCAGGGAAUGCUGCUGCGGGGUGGGCCCGGUGAAGUUGUCCAUGAUGACAGAUUAUUAGACCUCCUCAAAAUUGCCCAGGAGAAACGAGAUUGCCUCUUAGUUAAACAGCAGGAAUUAACUACUCAAGUGGCAGAGCUACGCCAAGCUACCAAUGUUGCCCAGGAGGAGGCAGCUCAGUCACGAGAGUCAGCGCGUAAGCUAGAGGCAACAUUAGAGGCCGUGCAAGCAGAACGGCACACAUUGGAGCGCGAAUUAGCAGAGGUUCGACAGGAAAGCUCAUCACGUCUCAUUGAAUUGCAGAGACUCACCACACUGUUAGAAAAUGCACGAGCGAAGAUUGAGGAGUUAGAGACAGCUCGUGAGUUGGAAGACAAAUCUGAUGUUGAAGAAAUGUUGGACAAUGUCAGGAAAGAGAAGGAUACACUAGAGAGCCAAGUAGCGACAAUGCAGGAACAAGUGUUACGUGGCCAGUGUGAAAUCACUAGGUUGGAGGAACAAUUGAUGCACUUGCAGGAGGAGUGCAAGGUAACUCGUAAUAAUGCAAAGUCAGCACUUUCUGAUUUGGAAUACAAAUUUGAAAGUCUUAAACAAGAAAAACAACAACUGUCAACAGAAGUGCAGGUCUUGCAGAAAUCUCUUUCUGAUAUUAAGAUGCAAUGUCAGUGCUACCUAGAUGAUAAAGAGCAACUACAGGCAGUUUUAGCAGACUGUCAAAAGCACUUGAGUGAAGCUGAACAAAAGUUGACUGAACAGGAAAAGAGUCUUGAAGAAGAAAGGAGGUUACGGCAGCAAGAGAGUGAAGAAUGGCAGCAGUUUCAGACUGAUCUCUUAACAACAGUUAGAGUUGCGAAUGACUUUAAGACUGAAGCAAGUGAGGAGCUGAAGAAGCUGUUGGUGGAAAACAAAAACUUGAGGGAUAAGGUGCGAAACAUAGAAGCACAGCUGGAGAAGUACAAAGCAGCCACGCCAAAACCACCGACUUCAGCUACACUGGGAAUUAGAGUGCCUACUUCAGCCAUGCAAGAAACUGGCUGUCCAACAUCUACUGUGACAAAUAGUGUUCCACAGGAGAUAACAUUGAGAGGCAGGGAAAUUGGAGUUUCCCGACAAGAUAGCCAGAUUUCUGUCAAAUCUCUGAUAGAGAGCAUCGAGAAUGCAACCAAACAGGCAAAAGGUGGUCCACGAAGCCGAAGUAGUUCGACAUCCAGUCUAAGCAGCAUAACAAGUGAAGUGAGGACUGCAACAUCGACAGGCAAUCCAAGUAUGCCACAGACACCAAACUUCACUCGUAGGCAUAAUUCUGAAACAGAUGCUGUCUUUUCUGUGAAGACGCCUCUUCGGGACCAACAACAGAGCAAUAACCAAACUGUUGGAAACAAUACAAACAAUAUGAAGGCUUCACAGAAUAGGAGAAAUCUAAUCACUGACAACACAAACAGCAAAGCAAAUCUCUACAAUGACAGCUUAAAGAAUAACAAACCCUUGGGAGAUGUGGUACAAGCUAAUCCAGUGUCAAUCCUGGCCAACAAAACAAUGGAUUUUGUGAGGAAAAACAGUUGCAGUGACUUAAGUGAAAGAAAAGAUCCUCUUUCAGCAUUAACAAAAAAUGGUGGCUCGAAGCGCAACGCUCUCCUGAAGUGGUGCCAGAAUAAGACAGUUGGCUAUAAAAACAUUGACAUCACAAAUUUUAGCAGUUCAUGGAAUGAUGGGCUAGCAUUUUGUGCUAUCCUUCAUUCAUACUUACCGGAUAAGGUGCCCUACGACACAUUGAAUCCAAGUGAAAAAAGGAGAAAUUUUUGUAUAGCAUUCGCAGCAGCUGAAUCUGUUGGCAUUCCUACAACAUUGAAUCUGUCCGAAAUGAUUCAGCUGGAACGACCAGACUGGCAGCAAAUAAUGGCAUAUGUUACUGCCAUUUAUAAGCAUUUUGAGACGUGAAAUUAACUGAAAUGCAUCUUUUUAUUGUUGUUCAGUGUUCUACAAAAGGAGAUGUUUUAAUUCAUGAUUUUAUAUAUGAAGGCUUAAGAAGCAUAUGUUCUGUUUUUGUCUGUUGUAUUAAUGAAUGUUUUGGACAAAUUGAGAGGUGUGACAUUAUCUGGUUUGAAUGAGGUGUUUCAGAAAUUUGCUUCUUGUGAAAUAUUGAGAGAACAGAGUGACUAGUGACUAUUAAUUGAUGCUAAUGUAUUGUCCAAAGGUAACAAACAAGUAAUUAUUCACAUUCCAACUGAUUAAUGCAGCUCAGAACAGUAUCUUUAUAUGUCAAAUGCCUUCCCCCUCCCCAUAAAUAAGGGAGCUCUGGGCUUGAACUUGGAUGUACAAAAGUGAGAUUAUUUCUCCUGUAGUGCUCCAUAAUUAAUGAAACUACUCUCUGAUGAUAGUGAACAAGUAGCUUAAAAAGCAGCAGUUAAGACAUUCUUAGUAGAUCUGUUCUAUUUGGUGAGUCUUAUUAGAGAACACUCAGCAUCACUGUUUUACUUAGUUUAUUUAUUGUGUACAUUGGAUGAGUGCAGCUGCUGAUUGAAAUAGAUACAAUAUAUUUUUAAGAACUGACUGUGUGUGUGUGUGUGUGUGUGAAAACCAGUGAGGUUUUAGUAAUAGUAGCAUAAUAUGACAGUAGAAUCUUCAUACAUUCAAAAGCAGCUAUAUUUAUAUUAUCUAGUCAUAAAAUUACUGCAUUUUAUAAAUGACGUAUAUUAUUGAUGUCAUUUUAACAGCAAGUGGUUUUUAAACUGUUUCCAUAGAUAUGUAUGUAAAUAAUAUAUUGUUGGAUGUAUUGAUUUAAGGAAAUGAACUGAUAAGAACUAUUCAAAGAACUGGGAAUUCUGUAAAUUUUCAGAAAGGCAAUAACAUAGGUGAAAAUGAUAUUAAAUCUGCUUCUGUGAGUAACAUCAUUUUUAUUACUGAAGUGGAAUAUUAUAUCAUUCUAAAACUGUUCCAUAUUUGUGUGUGCAUCAGAUUGGUGGCAACUUAUCAGCCAUUCUCUCAGAGCAUUUUGUACAUUUUGAAGUGAUUUGUAAGUGAUGUACAAUGAAUGACUGAUCAGUGUUCGGUUGAUCAUCUGUCUCGUUCAUGUAAUUUUUAUAUAUGAAAAAUUAUUUUGAAGGACUAUCUUGUAAAGUAUCAGAACUUCAUUUGUUUAUCUUGAGGGCUAGAAGGAGUUUAUGUAACAUGCUUCCAUUUAUCUGUGGACAUACAUUGUUCACUUUGAUAAGAAGGAAACCAUUGCAGUAGCGUACUAACUGAGAAAUGAUUCUCCACUCUGCGUUGUUUUGCAGUUUCUUUGAGUUUCAUAAUAGGCAUUAACGUGUGUUGAAAAUGCUGUUCAAUACUGUACACUUUAUUUACUUCUGCUUGUAGGUAGUUUCUGCACAUUUUGUGGCUUUUCAGUGAAUGGAGCUUAAGCAAUAAUAUGUACAAGCAGUGCUUUAAUAUGCUACAGGUUGUAUAUGAUAGGUGGAAGCAGCUUGCUCUUCUAAAACUGCCUGCAGUAUUUCUUUUAUUCCAGAGCUAAACAGAUUUUUUUUCCUGUUUGUAAUGCUGCCUUGGAUCUUUCAUAAUCCAAUCUAAAGGAGCUGAUAACUGCUCCCUUGCCCUCAAGAAUGCCCGAGAUGGAUCACAUAUGGAAAAUAAAAAGGUUUAAAUAUGUUUUAGCUGUUCGAUUUUCAAAGAUUUGUUGCGAGUUCCUAAACUACAGAAAGAUAUUUUAUAGUAGUCUGUUUGUAAUACAUGUAUUAAAUUGUAAAUAUACUUGUUAGUCAUAUGUAUUAUGCACAAAUAAACAUAUACUGUAACAGUCAUGAUACAUAAA